GAGAUACUUCACAGAAUUACUCAAAUGUCAACGGGAUGACGUGGUUGCUGGCGUAGUGCUGCAGUUCGAUGGCUCCUACUAAACGAAUGCGUCGUGAAUGGACGCGCGAGACACUCUGCUGGUGGGACAGCGCGCGCUGCUGACCUCCGCACACUUUAUCAGGAUUUCUCAUCACAAAUUGAAGUGAGGAUUUCUGCACCUUGUUUUUAUUCUUUGCAGGGAUACGUGUCGGCUGAAACCUUUUCAUAGUUUUGUUUUUUUUAUUAUAGGAGUUGAGAGUCCCAGAGGACACAGCAUGCUGUCCUCCCUGAAGACCCUCCUGCUGCUCUCGGUCCUGUGCACACCGACCUCAAGCCUGUGCCUCCGCCUCUACCAAACCCGAUCAGACCUCCUGUGCGACGACCAGCUGUCUCUCGGUGUCCGGAGUGAUGAGGAUGAGCCUCCCGGUUUCUCCCCCAUGAACAGCUGGAGGUCCCUGCUGCAGACCGCGGAGUAUCUCGCCUCCUCGUCCUCUUCGUCUUUGGAGUCCAGCCGGGAAAAAAGGACUUCAAGCCCCGCAAACUACCGCUUCAUGAGCCGGACCAAGCUCAGAGGUCAGAUGCUACGGAACAGCAACAAGGGGGACCGGAGAAGCAGGCUGACCCUGUCCCUGGACGUCCCCACCAACAUAAUGAACGUGCUAUUUGACGUGGCAAAAGCCAAAAAUUUGCGCGCAAAAGCAGCGGAGAACGCGCGCCUUCUGGCUCAGAUCGGACGGAGAAAGUGAUCAAAGUGAUUAUGGACAACUCAGACUUAACAGACAGCCAUGACCAGUGUUGGCCUCGUUACUUCUUAUUUGCUUGAAAGUAAUGCUUUUGAUUUGUUUUCGCAGGGUAAGAGCGUUUUUAGUUUGUAUAGUUCACUUGCUCUCAUGUGGAAGUCAUGAUAAUCAAAGUAUCAUACUGUAUUAUCUGUUUUGCACCAAUGAUGAUGAGAACAAAUCAAGUUCAUGGCUGUGGUUCUUGAAUGUCUUUGAGUUUUGGGAAACGAUUUAAACUCAAAAAAUAAGAAAAAUGUGUCUAAUAAAUAUAACCCUGUAAAACUAGCUAUCAGCAGACACUGCAGACUUUCACAUUUAUUAAGUUAUUUAGACUUAAAUCCACCGUUAAAGUUGUAUUUAAAUGAUGGCUCCAGUUAUAAACAUGCCCGAGUAGCGAGAAUAAUCCAUUUGCUCUUUUUAAUGCACUCAAAAUGUUGCAGCACCAUCUUAAAUCAAGACAGAAGAGGGUCAAAUGUAUUAAAGAUGCAGAUAUUUUAUGAGACCAGUUGUUUAUUUCAGGCAAGGAAAACAUGAGAAAACAUGUUUUGCUCUGAAAACAAGUGACAUCAAGAGACUCAUUUUGAGACUCAUUUUCAUCCUUUAAAAUAAGAUUCUAGGACUAGAAGAGUUUUGAAAAUGUUACUUCCAAGAUUGAUAUAAGUUGCAUUUAAAGGGACUGUGUUCAACAAGCCUUAAUAUUUUCUUUUAAGUUAAAUUUAUUUUUAUUGUCCUUAGAUUGCUCCAAAUAUUUCAGAUUUUAAAUCUUGGACCGAAGAAAAGAGCAGCUGUGAUUGUUAAUUCUUACAUCCUCAAAUGAACCAAAAUAUUUUAUUACUCUGUUGCAUUAUCAUGAUCUUAUUUUCUCUUUGGUGCUUUAUUGAGUUAUUGAUCAAAAUGGUUUUCUGUUCAGAACUUCAAUCAGGAGACUUGACUAUAAAGAUUCCAGAUUUGAUCGUGAAACAUCCACAGUGGCAGAAACACGAGAAGACCAUGACAUACAGUACAAUGCUAUAAUGCACGGGAUAAUAAUUGUUCAUCAGAUGUCUGUUAUUUUUAUACUCCAAAUAAAGGAUUAUUUUUCCUCAAAUAAAG